UAACCCGCAGCCAGGCGUACCUACCUAGCUAACAAUCCCGGAAGGGUUACCUAGGUUGUUAGAGUUUUCGCUCUAGAGGUGCGGAUCUCCCUGUUAAUAGGUACCUGGCAAGAAAAAGUUGCGCCAGCUGUCUAGCACUCCCAGGCCAUUCAGACAAUUUUGGCGAGGCUGGAAGCAAGACUCUCCCAGUCGCACGCGCAGAUCGGCUCAGUUCUUCGUUGGGCUCGGAGCUUCACCCCAUUAGCCGUCACCUUUUUUUCUUCCCGACCUUCUCUUCUUCCUUUUUUUUUUCCACUCCGCUUUCUUCAUAGUGACCAUCGACGGUCGCCAUCAAACCCAGAUCCCCUCGCCUAGCGAGCGGUUAAUUGUCGCACAGCUCCAUCCACGCAACGCCCCCGUAGUGCGCAUCAGGUCUUUCAAGUGGGCCGGCUCGCCGUCUCAAUUCUCAACAUGGCGAGCUACAACAGUCUGAACCCACCUAGUGGCGAGGACCAGCACACCUCCCAACACCAUCUGCAGGCUAUGUAUGCUCGUUUGCAAGCCGCUCGAAACGCACAAACGCAAAACAACGAGGAUCCUCUGCCAGUCUCUGCCGCCGCCCACGACCUCUUGUCGCGCUUCCACAGCUACAACCAAGCAACCAACCCGCACGACUACUAUGGUCAAGGUGGUGACGAAUCGCCUGUCACCGGUUUAGACGACUACCCUCCUCCAGCUGCUCCAACGCCGCCUACGGGCUUUGGCCAUCCUCACUCCCACCACCCGCCCGGCGUCAUCGGCAGCUUGCCUCCCAUUGGCACCAUGCCGCCCAAUUCUUCGAGCGCCGAGCAGAGUGCCAACUUGCUGAACCUGCUCAAGUUCAGUGGCGCGCAUGGACAAAGUUCUCAGCCUCAUUCGCAAGGUUCACCCGCUGGUAGCACUCAUGCUCCGUCCUACGGCUCUUCGCCUCAUCAAACACAUCCUAAUACCAACAGUAAUCCCCCUCCUCUACACGCACCUGUUCCCAUACCCGCUGACCCUCAAGGCCUGCUUGCCACCCUUAUGAAGGGCAACAUGCAGCCUGAGGUUCCAGGCCCCCGGGCAGAACACCAGCAACAGAACAAUGCUCGCGACUCGUGGAAUAUCGGUCCGCCUCCUGCCAACACUCAGGAAUACUUGCUUAAUCUGUUGCAUCGUCCCAAACCUGCUCAAAAUGAUCAGCCAUCCACAAAUGAAUCAUCCCAGCCAGCUACAUUGACUCCUCAGUCAGCCAAUGACUCGUCGGCGGAUCACUACAGAGAGUAUCCACCCCGGCACACUCUCUUCGAUAAUGCCUCUCACGAUUCAACUCCUCUGCCACAGCAGUUUAUACCAUCGCCCCAGUUGAAGUAUGAAUAUCAAUCGCCGCCUUCUCAGCAUAGCCAUCACGAGGCACCUCACAAGUCCGGCAGAUUCGACUAUACCAAUCCCUUUGAAGAAUUAGCUUCAUCUCAAGGCAAAGCUUCGAAGUCACCAACUCCGGGUAGCUCUGGACCUGUGACUACGUUGCCACCCGAGCUUCCAGCGGCUACUACUGUUAAAAUUAUACAGAAGUCGUCUGCUAGUGCCAUCUCUUCCCCUGGGAAUGUGUCGGACCAUAAGCGAUCGUCAGCCUAUCAUAGCCCGGUCCUUAAUACCGAGCCUAGACCUCGACCUGAGCGUUAUUCCUCUGAUACCGGUCGAAGUCGUGAGUCUCCAUAUGCCGCUGCCUCUCACUCAGGUCCUCUCUAUGAACACGAGCCUGAUCAGGAGGACGAUCAUAAACAAAACAGAGAAACUGUUCUGGAUGCCAUCACAGACUUAGCUGAGAAGGCAGAUCUUGAGGCUCGGGAUGCUCUGGCACGCGCCGAGCAAGAGGAAGCAGAGGCACAGGAGGCACAUGAGGCACAGGCGCAAAUUGCGGCUGAUCUUGAAGAAAUGAUGAAUGCUAGGACUGACGCCGAAUUUCAAGAAUCAGCGGAGCAAGCGGCUAGGGAUAUCAGCAAAGAACUCGAGAAGGAAGAAAACGCCGAAGUACUUGAAACACACUACUCGCCAGAGGUUGCACAAACCAUUCGUGACAUUGUCGAGGACACUGCUCAUGGCCCCGUAGCCGAUAGCUGGGAAAGCGCUGAGGCUGAUGAGAUUGUGGUCAUUGAGGAACCCCCCGCACCUGUAAAGGUUUAUAACUUCCCCAUGAAGCCAUGGAUCUCGAUUACCAUGCAGGAUUCGUUCGACGAACCUCGGCCCCAAUUCAGGGACGAAGUAAUCCUAGACAUCGCACGAUUGAAGAAGGAGUUUGACCAGAUCGAUAGAAACCUGGUUGCUGCUACUGAAUCGUAUAUAGCGUACGGUAUGUCCAAAGCUGGUGGCCUCCGCGUGAUUCGCCAAGAAGAUGGAAAAGAUGCAAAGCUCUUCACAGAUACCAAGGAUCGUGUGUUCAAUGUGGCUGUAUCAUAUACGUCAGAUGAUGGCGAUAUCCCCCCUGAGGAAUCGAUUAUUGGGACUGGUAUUAGUGGGACCGUCUACUAUAUUCAGAUUCGAGGUGGGGGCAAAGACCAUCUCGAAGAGUCUCAUCCGGAACAGUACGGGUUUGCUCUCCCUCCGGCAAAUACGCAAGAAGGUGAUGCACCUGGUGGUAUUCUCAAAACGCGCGCAAGAACCUCCGCCACCCACCCAGAGUAUUUCGCUGUUGGCCGCGGAAAAACCAUCAACAUUGUCUGGCCCGCUGUUGUUAUGCAAAAGAACAUAUUCAAGCCUGGUCAUGAUCGCCUUGUUGAUACCGAAAGACUUGCAAAGGAGUGCGCUCUCCGGAUCAAUACUGGGAAGGCGGGCAAAGACUUCACUUUUAGCCAGGACGAUACGACCAUAGUCUCCCUAGACAAAUCUGGUCGUGUCAAAUUCUGGGAUGUACGAGACCUUACCGCAGUCGAUAUGAACUCUGAUGUUCGGUUCCCUAUGCCAGCCCACACAUCACUCGAGAUCAAGGAGCCGCUGAUGACUCUCAAUACGACGCCAGAAGGCGAGAAAGCGUGGCCAACCUCAGUGUUAUUGUUGGAUAAGCAGCGACCUUACCAGAAGCGUUGUGCCUUACGUUAUAUGAUCGUCGGUAUGAAGCAGAACCACACGCUUCAACUCUGGGAUCUUGCUCUUGGAAAACCUGUGCAAGAAUUCAAUCUGCCCCAUAGCAAAGAGUCAGAUGCCGUAUGCAGCGUCAUGUACCACCCCGCUACAGGAAUGAUCGUAGUAGGACACCCAACUCGCAACUCAGUAUACUUCCUACAUCUGUCGGCACCGAAAUACACAAUUAAGGGUUUGUCACAAGUCGACUACAUCCAGAAGUUAGUCGCAAAGGACUCGUCUAUUCCGGAGCCAGAUUCCACUGCCGUCAUUAGUGGUGUACGGGAGUACUCGUUGGCCAAUAAAGGGUUGCUCCGAAGUCUGGAUAUCUUAGAGAGCCCGUCUUGUUCGUCCUCUAGUGAAGAGCCUUCUCUCUUUGAUCUUUAUGCGAUGCACUCCAAAGGUGUUACUGCUGUGACUAUCAAGCAAGCCGACUUGGGUUGGUCUAAGGACAAUAAGGUUGUUCUGGGUGUUGAUGCCACCGAUGCUGGGCUUGUCAAAAUUUCAAAAUUGAAGGAGCUGCCAAACACCAUCGUUCCCGAAUCUCAUACUGUAGAUGAGCCAGCAGCACCUAUCAAGAUUGCAACCCGGUCCGCCGUUAAGGAAAUCGCAGCAUCAAACACUACGUCGUCGACCUCGGGUCAAGAAACCCAUAAGCGAACUGGCGAGUCUAAUGCAUCUCACUUACAGGCUGAGCGCAAAGAGGCUGAAGCGCCUGUGACACCUGUUAACCAACUCGAUAAGUCUGAGAAGAAGGCUAGGAAGAAGCGGGAGAAGGCUGCUGCCGCCGCUGCUGCUGCGGCGGAGAAACUUGCUGUUGAAAAUACACAGGCAAACACUAGCAACAAUGUGUCUCGUAAUGACACCAUGCCAACUUCGAAGAAUAGUGAGCUUAAAGCCACUAGUUCGCCUUCGGUUCCACCAACGAUGUCGACCGAAUCAAUUCAGUCUGCUGUGAGACAAAUCUCUAGUGGUCUCAGUGAGAAAUUAACUGCAGUCAUUACACAUGAACUGAGGGACCAUCGUGGCAAAGUUGAAUCUGAGUUCCGCAAUCGCUCGGACUCGUAUGCAAAGAGUCAAAAAGAACUUCUGGAGCUUGUAUCCUCGGUGCUUAAUGAGAAUACUCAAGCUGUUCUCUCCAGAACAAUCACAGAUCAGUUCGAGGAUAGUGUUGUUCCCCAUCUCAGCAAUCUCAUAACGAAGACCAUUGAGACCCAAAUUGAUUCCAAGCUCGGUGGGAAGGUUUCGCAUUCGGUUAACAACCAGUUGCAAAAAACACUUCCUCAUGCAGUCACCCAUGCGCUGCAAAAGGCAGAUCUGACAAAGUCCAUUUCUGAGAGACUCGCCGCCAACGUGGCCUUGGACAUGGAAGAGUCGUUCCGUGAAACGCUUGUUUCCAGCAUCACACCUAUAUUUACCGAUAUGGCUGUUGCUUCGUCGCGUUCGUUAAUCCAAGAUGUCCAGCGUCGAACAGCGGAACAGAUCCAGGAAUUUGAACAGCGCCACAUUGUCGACACUCAAAAGAUUGACCAGCUCACCGCUAUCGUGUCCAAAUUGUCCGACACUGUUGGUGAGAUGGCUGCAGCGCAAACACAGUUUCAGGAACAGUUUGUGCAAAUGCAGCUCCGCAUAUCUCAGCAACGCGAGCUCCCCCAACCCCAGCCUCAGCCGACACAGCCAGUAUCAAACCGGGCCGCUUCAUAUGGAAGCCCGUCAGCAACCUCCAGCAACCAUGGCAACCAUAGUAACCAGCUCGUUCCAUACCCAAACAGUAAUCACUCUAAUGCCAAAGAUGCUGAACUUCAGCAUUUGAUCUCGAGUAUUGCGCCUUUCAUGGAACGGGGCGAAUUCGAGACGGGGCUGAUUCGCUGGAUCCAACUUCCUCGGCAGCAUGAUAUCUUUGACGAAUACAUCGUCAAAUUUGACCCACAAAUCGUGCGAGAUAUGCCUGCUCUGGUCUCUCUCUCCGUUGCUUCGGUUCUCGCUGAACAGCUCGACGGGCCACACCUUCGAGAAAGGGUCACCUGGGUAGAGCUGGUUCUAAAUAGUCUCUACGGCAGCCUUCCCCAUGUCACUGACCCAGCCGUGCGUGAGGUGGUCCCGAAGAUUAUGGCUACAGUCCUUGAGCGCGUGGAAAAACUGUUCAUGCGUAUCAGCAGCCGUGCCCCUACAGAUCCCAUGCUCCCACAUCUAUCCAAUAUGACUCACGUAGCAACGAGGAUCCAGAGCUAUGCGCGCAACGCAACGUACUAAUUGGUGGAUCAAAGGGAAAUAUGUUGGUUCUCAUGGUAGUGGAAAGGGCUAGGGCGAUUCAUGGUUGUUUUCGGAUACCCAAUCAUCUUUCUACCGUAUUAAAAGUACCCGUAUUUACACACAUGGGUCAGCAACCGAAGCUGAAAAGUCACCACUUUAGGAACAAUCGUCAACCCUUGUCAU